AUGAAAUUCUGUUUUCGUCUUCGAUUACGAAAAAAAAAUCAAUUUAAAAAAUAUAAAAAACAUUCAUAUGUUGUUAAUCUAUUUAAUCAUUAUGAUAAUCAUAGACAAGAACAACAAAAACAGAUAGAAAUGCCAAUAAAUGAAUCUAAUCAAUUAUCUAAUAAUAUGUCAUAUGUUAAUGAUGGCAGUGGUGAUGAUCGAGGAAAAUAUUUUAAACAAAUACCAACACCUGUUGAUGAACAACAAAUAUCCAAUGCACAAGAUAAAGUUGAUAGAUUAAUGAGCAUAAUAACAGAUACAUAUGAAAAAACUUUAGUUAGAAAUCUUCGUCUUGAAGAACUUGAUAUGAGAUCAACAGAUUUAUUUCGUGAUGCUGAAAAAAUGAAAAAUAUGGCUCAUAAAAUGCAUGAUAAAUUCUUUUGGGAAGAUAAAUAUUGUAUGGUUGUAAUAAUUGCAUCAAUAUCUGCAAUUGUACUUGGUGGUCUUCUUGCUCUAAUAUUCAUACCAAAAAUAACAGGGAAUUAA